AUGUCGACUUUGCAGAUUGGAAGCUGUCUGACUGGGAGAAGUAUGAUAUUCGUUACGAGGAUCUUGAAAGCUUCUACGGUAUCUCGUGUUCCGAAUACGGAUCGAGUUAACACUUCGGAGGAUCUCUCUUGGAUGUAUAGCUUGCGGGCAACUGUGUUCAGGUGUUUCCAUCACACUGAGCAUACUUAUGACAAGGAAAUGGACAAGAGUUUUGAUCAAAACUUUGCAGAAUACAUGGGAAUUUAUAAUUGUCUAGCUCAAGACUGGCUUGGGAAAGAUAGAGAUAGCGACUUGGGCAGAGUUAGAAGGCUCGGCAAUCUCGAGAUCGAAUCUGGGUGGACGGAGAAAAAACAAUCAAAGAGGAGAACAGAUGUUCUCGGAUCCGUUUCUGUUCCGAUCAUGGCAAGUCUCGUAGACUUUAGUCGGGAGAUUCUUGGGGGGAAAUACCGCAGUUGUCGUUGCAUACCUGGAGGAUGCAUGAAGAUUUAUUCACUUAGACUUCACAGGCCCUUGCAAAUACCUUAUCUCAGUCCUCAUCUUUUGCGUGGUCUGUUAGUCAGAGAUCAAAGGGCUUCAUGGAAGUUUGUGGCAUUGGAAGAUGCUGAAGAAGAUUGUUAA